AUGGAUGCUCGUUCGACAAUGUCAUUCGGACAGCCCCUUGGGCUCCUCCAAAAGGAUGAGGACAUCUUUGGGCUGAUCAAGAUGUCGAAUCUGGCAAUAGACUACAUCCAAUUCUUCACCGAUAUACCGACCCUUCAGUUCAUCAGCAACUCGGAUACCAUUUUGAGGCUCUUGGGGCCCAAACCAACUGAUAAGAGUGGUUUUGGUAAGAUCAUGGGACUUGCCAAGGAGCACGUCGACGCUCGCUUUGGACCUGAUGCAAAGGACGAGCCCGACUUACUUGGUUCGUUUCUUCGUCGUGGUCUUGACCGUCGCUCAGCUCAAUCCGAGGUCAUGUUCCCAAUGGUUGCCGGUUCCGACACGGCAGCAAAAGCCAUCAAGUGGACAAUGCAUCACCUUUUCGCGAACCCUUCUGUCCUCGAGGCUCUCACACAAGAGAUUGAGAAUGGAAUUGCGGAGGGCAGAAUUUCGGAUCCUAUCAGCUAUCAAGAAGCCCAAAGUCUGCCCUUUCUUCAAGCCGUCAUCUGGGAGGGUCUUCGUGUUCAGCCCCCUUUCACAGGUUUGGUCAUGAAACAAGUUGGACCAGAAGGAGAUAUAUACGAGGGAAUGUCGCUGCCUGCCGGGACGAGAGUUGGCCAUGACAUUUGGUCCGUGACCCACGACAAACACAUUUUUGGCGAGGACGCUGAUGACUUCCGACCUCAACGAUGGUUGGAAGCUGAUCUGAACACUGUCCAGGCUUGGAAGAAGCGAACUGAGCUUGUCUUUGGCGCGGGCCGUUGGCAGUGUACCGGCAAGUCUGUGGCGCUUAUGGAGUUGAACAAAGUAUUUGCUGAGCUGGUUCGGAAUUUCAAGUUCGAGCCCACCGGCGCGCCGAUGUCUGUCGUUAUUCGAGAUCGAAGGCAGUGA